GCUCAACGCCCCCUACUCACGCUCCUCGUGCUUGAAAGUUCACUUUUGAUUGUUCUCCGUCGUUGCGGGCCAGUACAGCGUUGAGGUCUGGUGGAGCGGUAACCAAAUCACUGAGUAAAUCAGAAAAAGGGGGAGAGUGUUGCAGUCUACGGUGCAGAUCCUCCGCGAAGCCAAGAUGACCAAGCGCAAAGCAAAAAGUACCAAUAAACAGGACGACAGUUUGCUGCUCUUGGAGACGCCAUCUGUAACACCACAGAGGGGAUUUAAAGAAUAUGCAGUCCCUGCCAUUGUUUUCUUUAUUUUCGCUGUCGGGGGAUCAACGGCGGUCUGGUUCUGCAGCCAGCAGCAGCAAACCAUCGACAGUCUGACAGAGACAGUAAAUGCAAUGCAACUUAGGAUAACAAAGUUCCAACAGCAGUUGGGAAUGGGUAAUGCACAGAUUGCCAAUGUGGGUGUUUUUGAAGAGCGUCUACAAGCACUGGAAGAUGCCUACACACAGGCCCAAAAAAAGGCAGACGUUGCACUGGCCACCUCAGAAAAAAUUCAGUCUACUGAUUUUCAAAACCAGUUGUGGUCUCUUCAGUCUGAGAUGAAUGCCAGACUUUCUGAUCUCCAGCAGGAGUCUGUUUCCACUGCAACUGUGAAUGCAUUGGUCAAGAAUAAGACUGAAGAGAUUGAAACACUAAAGCAGAAGCUUAAUUCUAUUGUUAAUGCUAACUCUGAGGUAGCUGUUACCAUUUCCGGACUCACAGACACUGUUUUGGUCACCAAAUCACGUCUUGAUGAGCAGAUGUCCGCUCUAGAGGGUCUCACAUCUGAAUUGGAGGAACAAAAAAUGGAAAUUUCAAGCCUGAAAAAGUCCUUUACCAACAACAAGAAGGCUCUUGAAAGAAACAGACAGGAGGUGAUGGACAUCAAGGACCUACUGGAAACAGAACAGGCAAGAAGAUACCAAAUUCUUGAGGAGCAGCUUAUGGCAGUCCGUAGUAAUCUGGAGGACAAUCAAAAGAGUACUCAUAACCUUCACUCUCACCUUGCUGCCCAACUUCAGAUUGUCCAGAAUCAGAUGUUAUCUGAAAGCCAGGAAUCCAGUUCAGAGGAAAAUAUUCCAGUAGAUAAGCAGCAAGCAACUCAGGAGGAAGUUCUAAUCAAGGAUGAAGGAGUUGAAGCAAAGGAUCAAUCCAUUACUGAGGAGGAAACAGUAGAGGAGAUUCAUGCUGAAGAAGGGGAGCAAGUGGUACCUGAGGAGGACAAGCCAGUUGAGGAGGUUCAGGUUCACGGGGAAGAACCUGUUGAAAAGCAAACUGAUGAGAAUAAAAUUCCUAAGGAAGCUGAAGUCAAAAAAGAUGAUGCUGAAGAGCAAGAAGUAACUGAGGAAGAUGAACAAGCUGAUGAGGUUCCAUCCCACCAGGAUGUUGUUGAGGAGGAAGUACUUCUUCAACAGGAUGAAAUACCUGAAGAGCUGCAGGUAUCUGACAAGGAAGUACCAGCUGAGGAGGUUGAGGUCCUUGGGGAAGAAGAAUUUAUUGAGAAGCAAAUACUAGCUGAGGAGGAUGUGAUAACUGAGGAAGUUGAGGUCAGCGAUGGAGAUGUUAUUGAAGAGCAAGCAGUAACUGAAGGGGAUUCGAUAUCUGAGGAAGUUGAGGUCAACGAUGGAGAUGUUAUUGAAGAACAAGCAGUAACUGAAGGGGAUUCGAUAUCUGAGGAAGUUGAGGUCAACAAUGGAGAUGUUAUUGAAGAACAAGCAGUAACUGAAGGGGAUUCGAUAUCUGAGGAAGUUGAGGUCAGUGAUGGAGAUGUUAUUGACGAACAAGCAGUAUCUGAGGGGGAUGAAAUAACUGAGGAGCUUCCAGACCAAGAAGAAGUUUUUCCUGCUGAGGAAGACCUUGUUUCUGUGGAUGAAGCAGGGACUGACACAAGUGUGGCUGAAGCUGUUGAGAACGUCUCUGAAGAUCAGGUGGUUGAAGAUAUCAGUCAGGAGCAAACGUCACAGGAGCCACUAGAAGAAACUGAGAAGCACAAAAAUUUGGAAGAAGUUGAAGAACAUGUGCAGGACUUUGAAGAGGAAGAAGAACUUGCUGAGGAGAUGGAUGAAGAAGAGCUAGAUGAAAAAGACAUUUUUGUCAGUGAAAGUUAAGUUCCGGAGAGGAUAAUGGUUCAAAAUAAGACUUUUUCUGAGGACUUGAAAUGAUCCCCAGUUUCCCCAAUGAAUUAUGUGAUAUAUGGUAUUUCUCAUUUGUUGAAAUGUUCCUCAGUCUUACUUUGUAUACUCAAAAGUGAACUUUGAGCCUAAGCAGUGAGUUUUUCCAAAUCUGAUGUUUUUUUUUUUGUUUGUUUUUUUUUCUAGUGAUAUCUCUUAAAAUCUUGAAUUGCUCUGUUUACACUGAGGGUUUUAGUAGGUUAGACAUUUAAAGAAUUGAAGUGUUUUUCAUACAGCAGUUUGCCAGCUAACUAACCUCAGGAGUGUCACUUGAAUAAAACCGCUUUUUAUGUUUUUUACUA